CUCCGCUUGACGGCGCGACUCUUCUGCUUCCGUCCAGAAAUUGUUGAACGGUUCACUGCGAGAGCCCGACCCAAUUUGACAGCAACGUACAAUUACACCAAUACAUAGCUAUAAACAACACUUGUCUCAGUUUACAGCUGACCCGCCGCCGCGUGGCUUGCAUUUGCGUCCUCGGUGUGCCUUCCGAACGUGCGAUGGCCACAAAACAGCCGAUACUCGGCACCAAGCUCAAUAGAGCUUCGGUCCAGGCGCUGGCAUGCUGUGGCCCUGCUCGACCCCUCGCCUGGCUGCGUGGUUCCGGCCGCGUCUCCGACACAGCUGCGCUGGGCUCCGCGGCGGCCGGGCAGGCGCAUCAGCCGUCUCGCAGGACGUGCGUGAAGGUCGCAGCGGGACGCCAAGAGGCGCCGCCCGACCCGGCGCCGAAGCGCAUUGCGGUGAAGCCGGACGCAGCCUCGGUGGUGCCCGAGGCGCACAAGGUGUUCGACGAGAUCGUCAUCAACGUCAAGAGCGGCGCGGGCGGCAAUGGCGAGGUGGUGCCUGCGGGCCGCGGCCGCUACGUGCCCAACCACAAGUACAAGCCGGGCGGCAACCAGUCCAAGACCAUCUGGCUGCCGGCCUCGGAGCCGGGCGACGGCGCAGACGGCGGAGACGUGGUGCUGGUGUGUGACCCGGGCGUGGACUCGCUGCUGCACCUGCACGCCGGCGGCAACACCGGCGGCAAGCGGGCGGCGGGCGGCGCCAAGGGCGAUGCCGGGCGGCCCACCUUUGCGGCGCGGGACGGCUCAAACGCCAACCCCAACACAGGCAGCGGCGGGCCCAAGCGCAAUGCCGAGAUCAAGAAGGCCAAGACGCCGGCGCUGGAGAUCCCGGUGCCGCCGGGCACGGUGGUGAAGCGCAAGGGCACGGGGGCGCUGAUGGGAGAGCUCAUGCAGCCGGGUCAGCGGCUGGUGGUGGCCCGGGGCGGCGCGGGCGGGCACGGCGUGAUGGCGCCCUCGCGGGAGCAGAACCGCGCGCGCGUCAGCCGGGCGGAACGGGAGGCGCGGAACAAGGGUGUGGAGGUUGUGGAGGUGGACGACAGCGGCUGGCGCGAGGACGUCAAGGGCCAGCCGGGGCAGCAGCUGGGGCUGACGCUACUGCUGCGGGUGGUGGCGGACGUGGGGCUGGUGGGCUUCCCCAACGCCGGCAAGAGCUCGCUGCUCAAGAGCCUGACGCGCGCCUCGCCCACCAUCGCGCCCUACCCCUUCACCACGCUCAUGCCCAACCUGGGCGUCCUCAGCGCCGGCGGCGGCGCCAGCAAAGCCGUGCUGGCAGACCUGCCCGGUCUCAUCGAGGGCGCGCACAAGGGCCGCGGUCUGGGCCGCAACUUCCUGCGCCACCUGCGGCGCACCAGCGCCCUGCUACACGUGGUGGACGCCUCGGCGCCCGACCCCGUCACCGACUACUACGCAGUCCGUGAGGAGCUGCGCAUGUACAACCCUGACUACUGCGCGCGGCCGCACGUGGUGGCGCUCAACAAGAUGGACCUGCUGCAGGCAGCGGCGGCGGCCACGGCAGCGGCGGCGGCGGACAGUGGGGCGGCGGCGGAGGCGGCGGAGGAGGCGGUGGUGGCGCGGAUGAAGGAGCUGGUGGCGGCAAUCCGCGGCGCGGCGCAGGCUCAGGCGGCGGAGCACGCGGAGCACGCCUACGAGGGCCCCACGCCCGUCGGCCCGCUGUCCAUCGUGCCCUGCUGCGCCGCCACAGGCGAGGGGCUGAAGGAGCUGGCGGCGGCGCUGCAGCGGGCGCUGGGUGCGGCGCGCGUGGCGGAGCCCGACGUCCUCCGCUCCGCACCCGACACGCUGGCGGAGGCUCGUGGCGGCGCCGCCGAGGCCGCGGUGGAGGUGGCGGUGGAGGCGGCACCCCUGGCGGCGUCAACGGCCCGCCAGCCCGCGUCGGGUGAGCGGCAGCCGGUGGCGAGCACGAGCGGCCGCGGCGCUGCUGCUGCGGGGGUGGCGGUGGCGGGCGCAGUGGGCGCGGGCGUGGCGAUGGCGGCGGCCGGCCGGCGGCAGGCGGCGCCGCUGGGCGCGCCGCCGCCGGCACCUGCGGGCUGGGACGACGGCGGUGGCUGGGGUGCUGAUGCCGGCGACGCGGCGGCGGAACUGUCGGCUGAGGAGCUGGCGGCGUUCAAUGAGCGGUGUCGGUCCCUGGGCCUCAUUGAUGAUAAGGGUGACUUCACGGGCGUACGGCUGCCUGAUGAUGAGGAGGAGGCGGUGGCGGGCGCCGCCGCCGCGGCCUUUGCGGAAGACGGCUCAGACGCGGCCUCCCCCUGGCUGGACGCGCCGGGGGUGUCCCGCUCCGGCGCCGGCAGCGGCGUGGGCGACACCGGGGACGCGGCGGACGGCGACGGCGGCGGUGCGCCCGACUGGCUGGCGGAGCUGGAGGGGCUGGACGAGGAGGCCAUGGCGGCGGUGCUUGCGGAGCUAGAGGCUGAGGAGGAGGCCGAGGCAGCGGCGGCAGCGGCGGCCGCUGCGUCCAGCUCAAGCGCCGCCGGCUCUGGCACCGGGAGGCAGCAGCAGCAGCAGCAACAGCCGCGCACGGCUUCAACAACUAGCCAGCGGUCAUCCGCGCACUCGCAUGAUGUGUCGCCACGCAAUGCCCGCAAUCACGAUGCUGAGCACAAUGCUGAGGAUGACGAGGAUGGUGAGGAGUACGACGAUCUGGUUAAGAUGGCGGGGGCCGACGACCCGGAUGCGGCGCUGGUGGGGUUGAGCCUGGAGCAGCUGCUGGCGAUGGAGAAGGAGGACUGGGGCGACAACGGAGCGCCGAAGGGGCUGCUGUGAGCGAGGGGCUGCUAGGAGCUGGGAGCAUGUGGGCUUGAGUAAGUGGAUUGUUGGGUUGAUGUGCGGUAGCAGGCUAGUGGGGCAGUGAGAUGGGGAUUAUGUGUUGGUUAUGUUUGGAUGGUCAGUGGGGUGCGGCCGAAUCGGACGGCGUGGGUGCAAGGUGGUGUGAGGUUGGUGGGGCGACAGACUGACGGGGUUAACUUUCAAUAGCCGCUUGAGUUGUCGCUUGUGCCUUGCGGGUUCGCACAUUGGGCGAAGGUUGGGGGCAGGGGCGAUACCUGGAUUGGGCAGGUUGGAAGGGGUGGGGGCGAUCAAAGCGGGUGAAGACCACGCCCUAGGUCCCAGGACAUGAAAGGCAAAAGUUUCCGCUUAGCAUCUCAAUUCCUCUGAUGGCCACGACGACUGGAGAUGAUGUACGCAGACAGCUGGCGUUAUUUCGAAGUUGCCAUCGCUUUGAUUGAAGCUCUAUUGCUUGCAGAACGGCGCUCAGUUCGUCAUGACGGAUGACAAGCGACAUGCGCACCAGGUUGAUAUGGUGAUCAAGGUGUUUCUAUGCGGAAGCGGUGUCGGCACGCUGACAGAGGUGGAAGCGUUGCGUGGGAACAGAAGGAGGGGGAACAGCAGAAAAAG